ACUAACCUUGCUCUGCAUAUUUGUUGGCUGGUUUGGUUUUGAUUUUCAAUUGGCGCGUCGUUUUUAGAAUUCUGUGCAAUAAAAAGCGGAAGAGUGCGGAGCACCUAGACCGUGACCAUGGACAAGUUCCUGCUGCGCAAUCCCACGUGGAAAACGAAGACUUACGGGGGGAUAGUGGCCAGUUCCUCCACAUCCGCCACGGCCGCCAAGAAAACCGUGGCGUCUCCGAUCCGCCGACCGUUGCACGAUUCAAAUACGGUGGACUCCAGGCCGAAGCCGAACACCCAGCCAAUUAAAUCUCAAGCUUUGGCAGACGACCAGCUGACUACGGAACGGCUGGCCGCUUCCAAGGCGAUCCUUCAGCACCGCACGGAGUUCCAAAAUGACCAAAACAAGCAGGAAGUGACGGCAGGAUCCGGAGUUGCUCCUUCGGGCGGUGCAGCCACGCCCACCAGACACGAUGGUCAGUGGGCGCGAUUGCAGCAAGAUCUCAACAGUCCCAAUGCUGCGCUUCGUCUGCGCGCCAUUCGUGCCUUAAAGAGUCCCACAAAAUCGGCGUAUAACACCUUUGAUGUGCCUCUUGCCGAACAGAGCAUUAUUACUAUGGAGGAUCGCAAUCCCAAGGAGCCACCCACUCUGCCUGAGUUGCUCAAGGACAUAGUUGUUUACGUCGAGGUGCGAACAGGGAACGACAAUCGCUCGGAGGGCGUAAAAACAAUCAUUGCCAAGAUGGGAGCCCAGGUCAAUAAUCGUCUAACGCGCACCACCACACACGUAGUCUUCAAGGAUGGCCUGCUUUCAACGUAUAAAAAAGCCACCGAGUGGAACAUUCCAGUAGUCUCUAUUUUGUGGAUUGAAGCCUGCAAGGUGCAGCGCAAAAUAUGUGAUCCGAGCCAGUUUCCCAUCAGCAACAUACGCAUGUACGAGUAUCCAGAGCUCUUUGGCAAGAUGCCGCGCGUUAAGUUUAUGCAGCCGGAUUCGGAGUUGAAUCAGCGACCUAAGAAACGCCAAGCAACCCCCACAUCCUCCAGGGAAAAUGAGCAAGGAUCGGCCAGUAAGCGAGCACUACCAGGAACUCCAACAACAACGCCAAAGAAUGACAUCAGCCGCUUUUUUAGGGCCCUUAACCACAACAAAGUUUCGGAUGAUGAGGUGAUCGAAUCUCCAGCCACCAAACUUCUGAACAGAAUAAGCAGUGGCUGCUACACUCCUCUGGCCCCAGUGUCUGCUUCUUAUCCACAUGGGCCUAAUGGCAGUGGAGAUACCAAUGUGGGCGAAAAAGUACAAGCCCAGAAGAGUCUCCAAUUCGCUGAGAAGCCGAGCAACUAUACCCCUCAAUCAAUCACUCCACGACCACGCCGGAGCACAGUGGAACCUCCUCCGGUAAUGACGCCGCCAGUGCGCACUAGUCGCCGACGCAGCUGCGUGGCCGAAAUCAGCACUCCUACCGCAACGGAACCGAGAAUGACUCGCCGCCGGAGCUCGCUCCACAUUGGCGUUGUCACCUCAUCAUUACAGGAAGCUGGGCCGGCAGUUUUAGAGCCCAGAAUGACUCGCCGCCGGAGCUCUUUGCUUGCUGCUGCUAAACAGCCAGAGGAAACCGCUCACAAGCAAACCAUUCAAACAAUAACCGAGGAGCUGGCUCCGAUCAAAGAGGUCAGAAAUUCGGUAGUAAUGACCGAGAACAAGAUAGCCAACCAAACAGACUGCUUAGAGCAGUCGAUAGAGAUCUCCGCAGUGGAGAAGGAAGCUACCUACAAAGCGGUCAGGCGCGGCACUCUCUACACCUCCGAAUUGAUGGACAUAAGUCCUGCUCGGCGGUGCAGCGUAUCGACGUCCAGUUCGGAACUGCAGGAAGACAACAUGUCGCUAGCCCGACAAUCGCUUAACAACGUUACCACGCAGACAUCCAAGUUCAGCAUCGAGGAGCCACUGACGCCGAUCUUUAGCUCCACGCGUCUGCCCAGCGGUCAGUCCACCGGGAAUCGUCGGCGUACUAUCUUCAACCUGGACAUGGAGGUGAUCAACGAGAGCAUCGAAAGAAUUAACCAGUCGCAUCGCAGAUCACUUGCCUUGGCCAAUGAGGCGGAACUGGGCGAGUGUCGCCAAGUGAAGGAUCUAGAAGAGCAAAAGUCGGAGGAUACGCCAUCGCAGGAGCCCAAGAGGCGACGCCUUUUUAAUCCAAACGACGAGGUAGUCAUAUCACCACCAAAAAGUAGUAGAAAGAAUCGUCUGAGCAUGACAAGCUCCUCGGGAUCCGUCCAGAAACGACGGCGGUCGCUAGCGACUCCAGCAAGAAGCUCCUCUUCGGAACUGUGGGUCCCUGCUCCCGUUACUAAAACCGUUGCAGAAGCACCGAAAGACGCAUCCGACGACAAUACUGAGACUCCGGAAGCAGCUGCGAACAGCGUAGUUGAACAAGAAGAUUCCAUAUCAACCAUAGAGGAAGAAGCCGACAAGAAAAAGGGAAGGCCACGUACAAAGGUUCGCACUUUGGUGCACACUAACAUGCGCCACGAGCAGAUCCAGGUCAUCCACAAGGCCCUGCGCAAAGUGCGCGGCAUGCGGCUGGAUCCGACCGUGACCCAGCGCACCACCCACCUGGUAAGCCUAGAGCCUCGCCGCACCCUCAACCUCCUGCGCGGCCUUAUGCGUGGCGUGUGGAUCGUCAGCUACCAGUGGAUUUUGGCAUCGAUUCGUGCCGGAAAAUGGGUCGACGAGGAGCCCUACGAAAUGACCCGCUUCUCGCGGGCCAUCGAGAUUUGCCGCGCUGAACGGCAGGCCUUUGGAGUCCACUACAAGUGCGAGUUGUUCCGCUUUAUGGAGACCUUCUAUGUAUCGUCACUCUGCAAACCCGUGCAGUUCAACAACAUGAAGGAGCUGCUCCUGCUGGGCGGAGCCACCCUGACCGAGAACCGCUUUAAGGCUAAGUACAUAAUAGGGGACAAGCGGCGCGUGGAGGACGAUCGCAUCUAUCUGGAUCCAUACUGGGUCCUGGACAGCAUCACGAACAUGCAGAUACAGAAGUUCGGCAAAUACUUGAUGAAGAGCGCCAUUGUCACGCCGGAGGGGAUCAGGUACGAGGAUCCCAAGGAGCGCAAAGAAUCCACGAAGACACAUUCACAUAGACGAAAUCACGACUUCGUUGAUCCACCGUUGGUCCUGGAAAAGUAGUGAUCAAUGGCUGCAAACCACUUUUUUGAUGUUACAAAAUUUAUAUUUUAGCUAAAUCACACCAAAAAACAUUUUCACCGCUGUUUCAAUUAUUUUCGUGAAAAACGUUAAUACGCAUAUGUAAAUAUAGUAUAUUUAUUACUGA